AACAAAUCAAUUAACGGAACAGAAUCGUACACAUAGACAGACAUCUGGAAGCAAUGUAAUUAAUGAUUAGAAAACGAACGACAACGGACAAGAGCUCCAACCGCCACCAACGGUCGACGCUAUGGCGACAAUGCACAAACUUCCGAACCCUAAAGCAAAUCCACGGUCACAUGAUCAUCAAAGGCUUCAACUCCAAUCUCUCAGCUCUCAGAGAACUCAUAUAUGCUUCAGUUUUAGUAAUCCCAUCCGCCAUAAACUAUGCACACCAAUUGUUCGGUCUAAUUACUCAACCAGAUCUCUUCAUAUGGAACACAAUGCUCAGAGGCUCAGCUCAGAGCCCCAACCCAUCAAUGGCCAUUUCUUACUAUACAGAGUUGGAAAAACAAAGUAUACGGCCCGAUCGCUAUACGUUUCCUUUUGUACUGAAGGCUUGUACUAAGCUUUCUUGGGUUAAUUUUGGUUUUGUGAUUCAUGGGAAGAUUGUAAAACAUGGGUUUGAAUCGAAUAAGUUUGCGAGGAAUACCCUUAUUUAUUUUCAUGCUAAUUGUGGGGAUUUAAGUAUUGCAAGUGCGCUUUUUGAUGGUUCGUUAGAGAGGGAUGUUGUGGCGUGGUCGGCUUUGACUGCUGGCUAUGCAAGGAGAGGGGAGUUGGGUGCCGCGAGGAAACUUUUUGAUGAAAUGCCUGAGAAAGAUUUGGUAUCUUGGAAUGUGAUGAUUACUGGCUAUGUGAAACGAGGGGAGAUGGAAAAUGCGAGGGAAUUGUUCAAUGAGGUGCCAGAGCGGGAUGUUGUGACUUGGAAUGCAAUGAUCUCGGGGUAUGUUCUUAGUGGGUUGCAUGAGCAGGCGUUGGGGAUGUAUGAAGAGAUGAGAAAAUUGGGAGAACAACCCGACGAGGUAACCAUGUUGAGUCUUUUGUCUGCCUGUGUGGAUUCAGGAGCUUUAGAUGUCGGGGAGAAGAUACAUCGCUCCAUUUUGGAGAUGGGAGAGGGGGACUUGAGUGUUGUGAUUGGGAAUGCACUUAUAGACAUGUAUUCUAAGUGUGGGAGCAUUGAGAAAUCACUUGAAGUGUUUCGAGGUAUGAGAGAGAAAGAAACGACUACAUGGAAUUCGAUAAUUGGAGGGUUAGCUUUCCAUGGACACUCUGAGGAAUCCAUUUCUCUUUUCAAAGAGAUGCGUAGACUGAAAAUCAGGCCAAAUGAGAUUACAUUUGUAGGGGUAUUUGUUGCCUGUAGUCAUGCUGGGAAAGUUGAUGAAGGACGUGGAUACUUCAAACUUAUGCGGGAUGAGUAUAAUAUUGAGCCAAACAUAAGGCAUUAUGGUUGUAUGGUGGAUUUGCUAGGGCGUGCAGGGCUAUUGAAUGAAGCGUUUGAGUUUGUGAACACGAUGGAGGUUGAGCCCAAUGCUAUUGUUUGGAGGACUCUACUUGGGGCUUGUAAGAUUCAUGGUAAUGUUGAGUUGGGGAGGCUUGCAAAUGAACAGCUACUGAGAAUGAGACGGGAUCAUAGCGGUGACUAUGUAUUACUCUCAAACAUAUUUGCCUCACAUGGUGAAUGGGAUGGUGCUGAAAGGGUGAGAAAGUUGAUGGAUGAUAGUGGGGUUAGGAAAGAGCCUGGGUGUAGCCUAAUUGAAGCAGACAACAAAGCUCUCAUGCAUUUCCUUUUUGAUUCUAAACCUAAAACAAUUUCAAGAAAGGGAGAGCGUCCAUUUGCGAACAGCUUGCACUCAUUGAACAUGCAGUAUUGAAAUUGGCAACGAUUUGCCUAGAUACAUCAAUGUCGAGAAAGGGCAACAGAAGACAACAAGAUCAACACAAGUAACAAAACAACUCCUAUAAAGGAUCCAACCAAAGAACCAGAGACCCGCUCACAGAACGAGUUGAACUGUUGGCAGAUGGCAAACCAGUUGGCCCCAUCGUUGCCUUUAUGUGCUAGGUAUACAAUGGAUGCAGCAGCAGAACAUCCAGCAGUCAACAGCGCAAGCAUCACCUUCACAAAGUGAAACUCAUUCUUGUAAGUGAACAUUGUAAGUCAUCAUAUUCAUGGACCAUUUAGGACUUAAGUAACAUGUUCAUUAAACUGCAAGUUAACAAAAGUCUCAAGGAGUUACCG